AUGAUCCACUUCAUCAAUCUAGGCAUCAGCUACUAUGCAUCCGAGCCAACAUCAGGGCCGACCACCAAUCUGUGUGUCUGGUACUUUCUCAAUGUGGGAAUUGACACUACCUUUGGCGUGCUGUUGCUGUGGUGUUGGUUCACUCUCUUGAUGAACGCCUGCGAGAAAUGUCGUCUAUUCCAUGUUGGAGAGACGGGAGACUAUGGACCUCCGCCAUUGUCUCGCAUGCUCUGGCCAUGGAUGCGUCAAAUGUCGGUAUUUCUGCUGGCCGAGAUGCUCACCAAGGCUUGUUUAUACGAGAUUGUCAUCAGCUCACCAUGGCUAUUUUGGUUAGGUGAGUUAUGCAUCAGUUGGACACAACACGACCCCAAGAUCCAAGUGGUAUUUGUCAUGUUGAUAUUUCCUCUGAUCAUGAAUGCCAUUCAGUUUUGGCUGACGGACACGAUCCUCAAAGUACAUCAGGAUCUCAAAGAGACCAGCAAUGACAAGCAGCCCUACAUCUCCACACCCAUGCUCGCUGUGCUGAUUGAACAGACAGAGCGGACGCCUCUGCUGUUUCCGCCUUCCAAGCACCGCAUGGCUUCUUGA